UAUAAAGAAAAGUCUAAGUGUCAAUCCAUGCACACGGCUGUGUGAACGAGACAGAAUUAUGAAGAGUGUGACUGUGAUAUUGUGUACACUGAUUAGCAUUCAGUGCUGGUGCUACAGCCUAAGCCACACGCAUCAUCGCUGUUUUAAUUAUGCUGUGUUCCCUGCUCACAUCGAAGAACUCAGAACUUCUUAUCGACAUAUAAAGAACCAUUUUCAAAGAAAAGAUGACAAUAUUAAGAUAACAUUGCUGGAAAGACAAGGUCUGCCAGGAAUCAGGGAUAAGCACAGCUGCCAGUUCCUGAAGGAGAUGCUGAACUUUUACCUCAAGGAUGUAAUCCCUGCGGCCAAGACCAACAAGAAGAUCAUCAAUAAACACAUCAGUAAAAUUGGGAAUGCCUUGCAUGAGCUGAACGAGAAUGUGCAAAACUGCCAUCAUUUCUUCAACUGCGAACUGUGCAGCUGCAACCAAAGUUCGUACUUCAAGACCAUACAUCACACAUUCAAGCAGUUACAGGUGAAAGGCGUGUACAAAGCAAUGGGAGAAAUUAACGCCUUCAUCGACUGGAUUUGGAAUUACAUAAACUUGAGACGACAUUAAGAAGGAGUGGAGCAGACUGAUCGAGUCCCAAUAUUUCCUCAAUUAAGAAAAUCACUAGUAUUUAAAGCCAUAUUUAUAUUUAGGCUUGGCAGUUUCAGCAUCUUUGCUACUUCAUUGUGGUGUUUGCUUCUCCCAAUAUUUGUUAACCCUUUAAGAGUAAAAUGAAUGGAAUGCUUUUCCGAUUUGUGGUGUUGCUCUCAAUCUGGACUGAUUUAGUAUUGUCCCCUGAAAGUUAGCUCCCUUGAAGACAACAAAAGUGGACGUUGGGAGCAGACAAAAUUGAACAGCCAGCGAGGAAUGGCAAGGUCAUUGCUAUCUGUCACCAUAAGAGCAUGAGACACAGGAGCAGAAUCAAACCAUUCGGCCCAUCGAGUCUGCUCCACCUAUCGAUCAUGGCUGACCUAUUAUCCCUCUUAACCCCAUUCUCCUGCCUUCUCCCCACAAACUUUGGCCUCCCUUACUAAUUGAGACCCUAUCACCCUCCGCUUUAAAUAUACCCAAUGACUUGGCCUCCACAAUUGUCUGUGGCAACAAAUUCAACUGAUUCACCAUCCUCUGGCUAGAGAAAUCCCUCCUCAUCUCGGUUCUAAAGGGAUUUACUUGUUUCUGAGGCUGUGUUCUCUGGUCCUAGACUCCCCCAACUAUAGGAAACCCUCUCCGUGUCCGCUCAAUCUAUGUUGUCACAACUGAACAUCCAGCAGCUGCUCAGGGGAUGGGCUAAGCCAGUCUGUAACCAGAUAAUCCAGUACUAUAGAAGUGUGUCUCUGACUCACCCUACUCACCUGUGCAAGAGUGCCUCGCUUCUGCCCAGUGACACUUACUGACCCCACAUGAAUUCACCCGAAAUUUUCAAUGCUUGAAGUCAACAAGGGUUACUCCAAUUCUCCAGUAUCUAAAAAUGCUUCCUCUGUACAUCCCACUUGUUGCAAUUUGUCCUGUGACUGCUCGAUCUAAAUGUAAAUCACAUCUGAAUGAAUUUCAUUCAAUUUUUAUUUUUCAAUAGAAUGAAAAUGCAAAUAAUAUUUUUUAUUUCAUAAUCUUUUGUUAGAUCAACAAUUCUAGUUUUGAUUAUUCAUGUAUUCAAGAAUUAAGCAAUAGAACAAAAAUAACUCUCACAAUUAGUUCAUAAGAUUUUCUCAAUAUUCUUUACUGCUUGUGGUCAGUAUAUUUUGAUAACGGAUAUAUUUUCAAUUUGCAUUUUUUACUAUUUAUGAGAGUGCAAUAUGGAGCUUUAAGUAAUUUAAUUUCAGUUGUAUUUUGAUAUAUCCAUCCAUUACUGUAUCAGUAAAUCUAUAACAACCAUUUCAAAGACAUUUACUGCAAUA